CUCCCUUAUAUAUUCAACUCAAUAAAUUUCAUUAUAUUAUUGUUCAGAAUCAAGAAACACCAACCACAGAGUAACUUAUACUACAUAAAGUUGGACAAAUAUUGAAAAAAAUAAAAUAAAAAUUGGACAAAUAUGGAAAAAAAUAAAAUAAAAAUUGGACAAAUAUGCAUACGAAAAUUCUAUAUAAGUUACUGUUUCUCUGACCUUUGAAGCAGCCACAUUAGAAAAAAUAACAUUACUAUGGCAAAGAGCAAGGUUCUGGUUGUGGGAGGCACCGGGUACAUUGGCAGUAGGAUUGUUAAGGCUAGCUUAGCACAGGGACAUGAAACCUAUGUCCUCCAACGGCCCGAGAUCGGCCUCGACAUGGACAAGUUACAGAUCUUAUUGUCCUUCAAGAAGCACGGGGCUCACCUUAUCGAGGGCUCGUUUUCCGAUCACCGGAGCCUUGUGGACGCGGUGAAAAAGGUCGACGUGGUCAUUUGCACCAUGUCUGGGGUGCAUUUCCGGAGUCACAACAUUUUGUUGCAGCUCAAGCUUGUUGAUGCCAUUAAAGAAGCUGGAAAUGUCAAGCGUUUCUUGCCUUCGGAGUUCGGUAUCGAUCCAUCAAGAAUGAGAGAUGCACUAGAACCAGGAAAUGUGACAUUUGUGGAGAAGAUGAGAGUGAGGAAGGCAAUUGAAGAAGCCAAAAUACCCUUCACUUAUGUGUCUGCUAACUGCUUUGCUGGUUACUUUGUGGGUAACCUCUCUCAACUUGGCACACUCAUUCCUCCCAAAGACAAAGUGUACCUGUAUGGAGAUGGCAAUGUGAAAGUGGCUUUUUUAGAUGAAGAUGAUAUAGCAACAUACACAAUCAAAACAAUAGACGAUCCUCGUAUGUUGAACAAAACACUGUACCUUCGACCACCGGAGAACAUCCUUACUCAAAGGCAGAUAGUCGAGAAGUGGGAAAAACUUACAAACAAAGAACUACAGAAGUUCACCAUCUCUGCACAAGACUUCCUAGCAUCCAUGAAAGGUAUGGACUUUGCUGGCCAAGUAGGAGUGGGGCAUUUCUAUCACGUCUUCUACGAUGGCUGUCUAACAAACUUCGAAAUAGGGAAAGAUGGAGAAGAAGCUUCAGAGCUCUAUCCUGAGGUUCAAUACACUCGCAUGGACACAUACUUGAAACUCUAUCAAUAAAUUACUAUUGCUCCUAGAGUUUAUUAUACUUCACAUCAUCUGAACUUCAAUUCGUGUUCUGAUUUUAAUUUUAUUUUACUUUUUUUAUAUUUUUUUUGGUGGGUAAAACCUUAAUGGUUUUUUAUAAACUUUCAAGAGAAAGACAUACUCAAUUGAUGUAAAAGGAUUUCUCUCAAUCAGUAACGUACUAUAUACGUUGUGUCUGCUUCUGUCAGUGAAUAAAAUUCAAUCACAUAUCUAAA